CCGUGUACCCGGCACACCGAAGGGAAGUCCAGGGGCCUCUUCCACCGAGUCCGAGUGACCCCGCCCCCUGCAUUUGGAAGGCCACCAUGGGACACCCCCCACCCCAGGCAGCACAGGCGUGGAUCUUCCUACUUUUGCUGGUGGGAGCGUGGGCAGGACUCUCCAGAGCUCAGGGCUCCAAGGUGCUGGAGGGUCAGGAGUGUGAGCCCCACUCCCAACCUUGGCAGACGGCCUUGUUCCAGGGCGACCGACUGGUCUGCGGGGGUGUCCUGGUGGGAGCCAGGUGGAUCCUCACUGCAGCCCACUGCAAAAAACAGAAGUACUCAGUGCGCCUGGGAGAUCACAGCCUGCAGAGUAGAGAUGAACCAGAGCAGGAGAUCCAGGUGGCUGAGUCCAUCCAGCACCCCUGCUUCAACAGCAGCAACCCAGAGGACCACCGUCAUGACCUCAUGCUGGUGCGCAUGCGACGCCCAGCAUCCAUCGGGGCCAAAGUGAGACCUAUCAAACUGUCCAAUCGAUGUCCCCAUGUUGGCCAGAAGUGUACCAUCUCAGGCUGGGGCACUGUCACCAGCCCACGAGAGAACUUUCCGGACACCCUCAACUGUGCAGAAGUAGAUAUCUUUUCCCAGAACAAGUGUAAGGAUGCCUACCCCGGGAAGAUCACGGCAGGCAUGGUCUGCGCGGGCAACAGCAACGGGGCCGACACGUGCCAGGGUGACUCGGGAGGCCCUCUGGUGUGCGACGGGAGGCUCCAAGGUAUCACAUCCUGGGGCUCAGACCCCUGUGGGAGGCCAGAGAGACCCGGAGUCUACACCAAUGUGUGCCGCUACACUGACUGGAUUCAGAAGACCAUGGGCAACAGGCCCUGAGACUGGGAGGCUGGGGGAUCAAUAAACAUCACCUCUGGCUGGC